UGUAGGAAGUUCCGCUCCUAAGAGGAGGUUUUCUUUCUCCGCUUGAAAAACAUGUUUUUUAUUUUUAAGUUUAAUUAGAUUUAAGGUAAUCUUUUUGAAUUUGAGCACCAAGCGACAGCGAGCAAACAAUACAUUCUCGUCAUUUCAUAUUACGGCGACACUGUAGUGAGACGUUUAAUACCAGAAAAGACAUCGCUGAUUCCUGUAUAUUUUUGUAGGCAUCUUCUCCUGCCGCGAUAAUAAAUCUGUAAGAAACUGGAAGCUGACCGUUUUUUUUUUGUUGAUUUCUUUUACUUUCAGUCAAAGUAAAACUCUGCAGGAUGGCCCAGCCACAGAAUGUUGACUGUUUCUACUUUCUCCAAGGACAAUGUAAGCAGAAAAGGUGCAGUUUUCAGCACCGUGAUCUCGCUUUGAAUACAGAUGAAAUUUGUGAAACCUGGAGGCGAACAAAGAAUUGCCGGAAUAAACAGUGCACUGACAGACAUAUCGACCAGGAGGCCUUAAGAAGAUUUUUCCCGUGUCAAUUGGAGAAGAUAAUUGGGGAGUGUAAAAAUGAAAGCUGUCUACAAUAUCAUGAAAAGCAUCGUACCAUUUAUGAUGAUGGUGCUUUAAGUUUUACUUUACCUCCAAACCCAGUUCCAAGAAAAGCUAAAAGCCAGUGGGGUAAAACAGAAUUUUCAAAAACAAACCACAUUGCGACACAGAAGUUGGUGAGAAGUGCAUCUCAGUUCAUUACUGAGACUUUGAUAUUUGUUCGUUCUGUUGUCAAAGAUGGGAAGCUCAGUUCUGAAAGAGCAAAAAUGUAUAUAAAAGAGAUGAUGCAUGCAGUUUUGUUUUUAUUACAUAUCAACAUGCCAUCCAUUCAGCCCAAUGAAGUCAUGCCAGAGAAAAUGCUGGAGACUUUGACCAAACUUUACCAUGAUGUGUUUUACAUGUAUAAGACUCAUCUUCCUUUGAGGUCACCAUAUUCAGUCCUGCUGGAUUUGGUUGUUGAAAGCUUCAACCAUGAUGAAGAAAUGGACAUUCUUGACUGCCUUUGGGGACUAAAUGAGAAAAUGCUUAUACCAAGGGUGAAAAAUGAAGAGCAGAUGUGUGGAAAUGACUUUGCUUUUGCCUCUCGCGUCAUCAGUUAUUGUUAUUUUGAAGAUGUGAUUACGAAUAACAGAACCAAAAAGUAUUUUGGAGCUUCAAUUGCCUGCAAAGGUAAAGUUCAAAGAGAGAUCCUCAUUGAUGUGGCAUGUAUGAGGACAUGGAAUCAGAAGGUGGCUAUUGGUGUAACUACUGCUACCAUUAAGGGAAACAAGCCCCUGCUGUUGCCUCCAAAUGUCCAUUCUACUGCAUAUCGCAUGAAAAACAACCCUUUGUGGAGAAAUGGAAAUGAGGUAGUGCGGUCAUUGGAAACAAGUUCCUCUGAACAGGCAGAUUUGAAGUUGAGACCAAUGGAGGGCUAUUUGCCAAUGCCUCCUUGCAACAGAUGUCUUGAAAUAUUUCCUAAUAUCACAUUUAAUCCAACAAGAAUGGAAGAUAAUCAUCCUCCAAAAUGGGAGCAUGGAAACUGUGCUGAAUGUGAAUCUGUAAGUAAACUGCUAAAUGCUGACAGGAGCCUUGAUAUGAGAGUGGCAAUACCUAGUGACUCCAGGUUUUGUGCAAAUAUACCAUGUUCCUCAAUAAUCCUGUUUAGAACAUUUUUUGACUUGUUAAUGCAUGAAAGAAAGAAAAGGUUAAUUACUAAUCUGAAAAAGACUAAAUUUGAGUUGGGAGAACCUCUUUUUUGUUUUGAUCCAUCCUUUUGCAAUAACAGUGCUGCCCUUGUCCCAGUUCAGCCUGUCAACUAGCAGCAUUGCUGAUGAACAGAGCUUUUUAAUCUUCAAAUGUGUUAUUUAACUUAAUGUAUUUUAAUUUACAUAUUUAGGCAUACUGUGUGUGUGUGUCUCUCUCUCGUGCGCCUGUGUG